AUGUUUGCUAAAGAUCGUGUAACCAAGUACAGAAAGAUCAAACGCUCCAAAAUGUUGCAUUUCGGUGGUCCUCAGUUACAGAAGGUGUUCAAAAGUUUGGAGGGCACUGAGGAAUUUCCACUGGUUAUGAUAGAAAAACGUUGGUAUGAUGUAGCUGUUGAUCGGUUGGAUGCAUACUUUAAACCACGCCGUCAAGACGUUCUUGAAAGGCAUAAGCUAAGGAAUAUGAAACAGGAGGUUCAUGAAAGUUUUUCUCAUUACAUCCUACGUUUACGUCAACAAUUGAUGGAUUGUGGAUUAGAAAAAUAUGCGAGAGAAGUACGGAACGUUCUGGAAGAGAUUAUGCUUAUCGAUGUAAUAGUGGAGGGCUGUAAUUUACCGGAGCUUCGACGGAAAAUUCUUGAAAAAGAUCAGUCAUUGUCUGAUAUUGAAGUUUUGGGAACGUCUUUGGAGAGUGUUCGGCUUCAAGAGAAAGAACUCAAAACCGGUAUUAAUAAUGAUAGUGGUGGACAAACAGAAAUCUGCAAAAUGAAAACAUGGAAAUCGAGAGGUGAGCGUCAGCAAAGGCGAAUAAUGAAACGUAUUAUUCCUGGUCUGCACAAAACUGUCAGAAAGGAAUUUGAAAUUGUUUGCUAUGGUUGUGGAAAAUAUGGCCACAUCGCAAAAGCACCAUCAUGCCCAGCUAAAGAUCAACACUGUCGCAGAUGUCGAAAGGUCGGACAUUUCGAGAAAGUCUGCCGAAAACGUACUUCUAGCCCUCAUGCGACUGUUUUUCCCAAGAAAGUGCAAAUUAUUGAAGAGAUUGACCACACUAUUCUGAAUCAAAAGCAAGAUACGGUAUCAACGGAGGCAGAGAAAAAGGUUUAUUAUACUUUUCACACGGGAAACCAGACUAACGUAUUCCAAUGUAAGAUAGGAGGUGCUCCAGCCGAAGUGUUCAUCGAUUCGGGUUCAGAUGUGAACAUAUUAACCAUGCAGACAUGGGAAGCUCUAAAGGCACAGAAAGUUGUUGUUUCUAGAUGCCAAAAAGGAAGCAAUAUGAUUCUUAAAGCAUAUGGUACUAGUGAACCACUUACGGUCUUGGGAACUUUUGAUGCAAUUGUUGAGAUCGGAAAGCGAUCGACUGAAUCCAAAUUCUUUGUUGUCGUGGAUGGGCAGAGAAAUUUGUUGGGUGAUGUUACCUCAAAGAAACUAGGAGUUCUCAAAAUCGGUUUUGAAGUAAAUCAAGUGAUGAAUAGCUCGGAUGUGAAGUGCACUCCAUUUCCUAAAAUUUUGGGAGUACAAGUGCGUGUUCUCAUGGAUCCCCACGUGGUUCCGAUCUUCCAGCCUCUGAGACAAGUGCCUAUUCACCUCGAAAACGCAGUUACGGAAAAGUUGGAGGAGCUACUGAAACGGGAUAUUAUUGAAGUGAAAAAAGGACCAGCGACAUGGGUUUCACCACUAGUAGUGGCAAGUAAGGCGAACGGCUCGAUUCGAUUGUGUGUAGAUUUGCGCCGUGUUAACCAGGCGGUCAUUCGUGAUAGGCAUCCAAUGCCAGUAAUUGAAGAUGUUCUAGCUAGAAUUGGAAAAGGGAAGAUCUGGAGUGUGUUGGAUGUCAUGGAUGUAUUUUUUCUAUUAGAGCUAGACGAGGACACCAAAGAUAUUAUGACGUUCAUCACUCAUCGUGGACUCUAUCGUUUUAAACGCCUUCCAUUCGGUCUAGUGUCAGCACCUGAAAUCUUUCAGCGUACGAUGGACGAAAUAUUGGCAGAUUGUGAGGGUGCUUACUGGUACCUCGAUGACGUAGGUGUCGAGGGAAGCACCAUAGAAGAACAUGAUUUACGACUCAACAAGGUUCUCAAAAGAUUUAAGGAAAAGGGAGUAGUUCUCAACUGGGAUAAAUGUAAAAUUCGAGUCACCGAGUUCGAAUUUUUGGGAUAUAAGGGAAAGAAUUUAGAAGAAGCGCUGCACAUCUAA